GAAAGAACUGUGCCGCCUUCGGCGGCGGGUUUGUCUCCAUGGACGGGCUGAGAUGGCUCGAAAAGAGGCCCUAUGGGCCUUGCUGCGUGGGAAGAACUGGCAGCGGGCCAUCCAGGCUGCUGAAAAGUUGCUGCUGGAGGAGCUCGUGCCCCGGGAGUUCUUGGCGCUGAUGCGUUCGGCCGGCCGCCGCAGCGCCUGGCCACUGUCCUUGGAGGCCUUGGAGACGAUGAGAAAGAGAGAACUGCCACCAGACGAGCUGCAUUACACUGCGGCCAUGCGUGCAUGCACCUCAGCGGAUGCGGCGGGGGGCUCCGCGGCGCUGCGGCUCUUUGGGGAGGUGGAGAAACCCAGCCAUUUGACCUUCACGGCAGCCAUUUCAAGUUGUGGUGUGACGCGAGAAUGGGAGUUGGCGCUGGAGCUCUUGAACCUCAUGGCUUUGUCCUCGCACCCGCCGGACUUAGUGGCCUUCCACGCGGCCGUGACGGUGUGUCGCCAGGCGCGGAAGUCGCGGCUGGCCUUGAAGCUGAUUGACUCGCUUCGACGUUCGGAGCUUCAGCCGGAUGUGGUGGCCUACAGUGCGGCCAUCGCCGCGUGCGAGGAGGGCUUCCGAUGGAUGCGCGCCUUGAGCUUCUUGAAGCAGAUGGACCAGGACGCCGUUGCAGCGAACGUGGUGUCCUUCAGUAGUGCGAUGAGCGCCUGUGCCAACGCGCGGCAUUGGGAUCACGCCUUGGAUUUGAUGGUCAGGAUGAGGCAAAAGGCGAUUGAGCCGAAUGUGGUGACGCAUUCUGCGGUCCUCUCUGCCUGUGACAAAGCGCAUCAAUGGCAAUGGACUCUUCAGCAAUGGGUGGAGAUGAAAGAGUCAGGCAUUCGCCCCAACCGUAUCAGCUACAGCGCCAUCUUGGGCUCCAUGGGCAUUGGCCUCCACUGGCCACAGAGCUUGUUCCUUUUGGACGAGAUGUGGCACCGCAAGGUGUCCCCAGCCCCUCGGGGUGGAAGACCAGGAGCCCCAGGAGACCGAGAAACACCGUUUCGGUGUGUGAUCCGUGCGACUAAGUAGCGGUCCACACGGACGAAGUGAGGGGAUGGACCGGGGAUGGAUUUGCGAGACCGGGAGACGUAUUGAGACUUGCUCC